UGAGAGACCCUCCGGUAUGGCGGCUGUAGAGUUUAUAGUGAUCGAUUAAUGUGUUUCUUUGUGUCGUUGAAACAACUCGAGACUCUUAAAGCGAUUUAGCGUUGUGUCUGGACAGGCUCUGGAUUAUUUAAAGAACAUGGACGAGACGGAGGGACUACGCGCACGCGGGACGACUGAACAUGCUAACCACAACAUCCAGCAGCUGAUGGUGAGAAAAGAAAAGGUUCUCCCUGAGCAGCAGGAGAGGAGCUCCAUUCUGGACCAGGAGGAGCCACCAGAACCAGCACACAUUAAAGAGGAACCAGAAGAAUUGUGGAACAGUCAGGAGAGAGAGCAGCUUCAAGGAGCAGAGGAGGCUGAUAUCAACAUGUCAACAUUCACUAUUAUCUCUGUGAAGAUUGAAAAGGAGGAUGGAGAUGAAUUUCUGCCCCAGCAGCUUGAUGAAAACCAAAGUGAAGAGAGCAGAGGCACAGAGCAUUUGAAAACAGAAUCUGAUGGCGAGGACUGCGGAGUAUCUGAAGCAGACAGAGAGUUUAAUCCAGACAGUGAAGAGACUUCACAACUUUCUGGAUCUGAGACUGAUGACAGUGCUGAUUGGGAACAAAGUGAACAGCCUCAGACAAGUUUAAAUACACUGCAAAUCAAAAAGGUAGCUGUAAGUGAUGUGAAAUAUAACACUGGAGACACAUCAGUUAGCUCCUCUGAAUGUCCUCUAAGCCUUGAAAAAAAGAAGCAGCUGCAGCAAGACAGAGAGACCCACUCAGGAGACGAACCAUUUAGUUGUUCAGUUUGUAACAAAAGUUUUCCAUUCAGAAGCUAUUUGGUGAGGCAUAAAAGAGUCCACACAGGGGAGAAACCAUUUAGUUGUUCAGUUUGUCAUAAACGAUUUUCUCUCCAAGAAAACCUGAAUAAACACCUGUUUAUCCACACAGGGGAGAAACCAUUUAGCUGUUCGCUUUGUCAUAAAAGAUUUUCUAAACAAGGACAUCUAAAGCAACACUUGACUGUACACACAGGGGAGAAACCUUUUAGCUGUUCUGUUUGUCAUAAACAAUUCUCUCUCCAAGAAAAUCUGAAGAAACACCUGAUUAUCCACACAGGGGAGAAACCAUUUAGCUGUUCUGUGUGUCAUAAACGUUUUUCCCAACAAGGCCAUCUGAAGCAACACUUGACUGUCCACACAGGGGAGAAACCAUUUAGCUGUUCUGUUUGUCAAAAAAGAUUUUCCCAACAAGUAAAUCUGAAGCAACAUUUGACUGUCCACACAGGAGAGAAACCUUUUAGCUGUGUUGUUUGUGACAAAAGAUUCUCCAGACAAGGACAUCUUAAGAAACACUUGACUGUCCACACAGCGGGGAAACCAUUUAGUUGCUCAGUUUGUUGCAGAGGAUUCACCAAGGAGGUGUAUGUGAAAAAUCACAAGUGUAGUGGGAAGACCGAAACAAAACAAAAUUAAACAAAAUUCAAAGGUUGAGAUAUUAGAAAAUUUCACCCUUACAACAUGCAGAAAACUGCCAAUGAUUUCUGUAUAGAAAGGUGAUUGUUGUAAGAAGAUAUUUUUGUAAUCUAUGGUCGCUCCAAUCAUUUAACAUGCUUCCUUGUUCUCCCAGGAUAAAAACCAUGUAGUUGCUUGGUUUGUGGUAAAAGAUUUUUAAAAAUUGGAACAGUAAGAAGACACUCUUUCUUCCACAUAGAGGAGACACCAUUUAGCUGCAGUGUUAAUGACUGCGUGUCAAAAAGGUCCAAGGUCUGCUGCAGCUUAGAGGAAGCCACUUCAUGAUCAAACUCCUGUUUUUUUUUUGUCUGUCAUUUUUUUUGGCCUCUUUUUUUUUUUUUGGCCUCUUUUUUUUUGGCCUCAUUUGUUACAUGGUGUUUUGGAUGAUUAUAAAUAAUAUGAAAAAAGAGUGUCUUCUGGAACUUGUUUAUUUAUUCAUUCCUUUACUUAUUUAGAGCAGCAGAAAUCCUGAAAUAUUUGCAACUUAAUGAUUAAAAUUCUGUUUUUAUUGUCUUGUUUUUGUCAUUGUCGUUUCCACCACAUUACUGUAACUUUGCUACAUGUAGCUCAUUGCUAUGCUCAUGGUGGAUUAAUAUUUGAUCUUUGUAAAUAGUAUAACAGUAUUUAAGCCACCUGCUCUUUCUGUAAAGUGUCUGUUGAGAUAACAUCUUUACUAAAAUAGGGCUAUAUAAGGGUUGAUUGAUUGAUUAUUUUGUUAAGUUUCUGUCUUCUCUUUGGUUUCACAUUUUGUAUGGUUUUAAUAGUCUUAACACAUUUUAUCUCACCCAUACAGAACCCGGAUGACUUUUUGUUGCUAAAUCAUAAAUUAAAUCCCUUGUAAUACAAAAUUAUAAAGUAUCUUAGAUCACA